UCAUGCCAGAUUGAUGUUUUCGGUAACAUUUGUUUCAUUAGAUGGUUUAAGGGUUCUGGUUCUGUGACCUGUUCAAUAUUGAACUUUUGAUGCAUUAUUUAUGGCUGCUUACUUUUUAUAGUAAUUUUCAUUACAUUAUGUCUGAUUCCAAAAUUCGGCGGACGCCUUCUGUUAAUAUUGCAAGUGCUUUGUAUCCAAAAAUGAGUGCAUUAAUUGGGGAUCUGCAUGUAUGUGAAAUCAACACCUUGGCUUUCAGAUCUCAAAUUUCCCUUGGCAAUUGGAUUUUCGUGCGAAGAAAAGCAUCCGGUGGAGAAUUGGCAAGUUUCAAACUUUUCAAAAGUGAGGUAUUAAAAGCUGGAUACGAGUCCUUACAUUCUGCUGUUAGCUUAAAUUGCAAGACCUGUUGGCCGAAAGUGGAAGAUUUGUUGGAUACUGGUUCAUUUCGCCUCCAGAAAUAUCACUAUUAUGCGAGUAUAGUUCCUGACUUCAAAUCCUGCUAGAUAAAGUGCUUUGUGACUACUUGAAAGUUUGUAUCCGAGAUGUCAGGUGUGAAACUGCAAGUUUUCACCAUUUUCCAAGCAGAACUAUUCUUAUCAUUGGAAUAUCUUGACCUUGGUAAAUGGGUAGCAGCUAUCGAGGCCGGUGCUAUGCUCGGAACACAUCUCAUGAUAUUAUCAGUGUUUAUCAAUUUCACUUCUAUUAUUUUCCAGUACCUUGCUAGUCGUAUUGUCAUGGUCACAGGAAGGAAUCUUGGUGAGAUUUGCAGCGAGGAGUACAGCAGGUUGACAUGUGUAAUUCUCGGUGGUGUAGCUGAGCUAUCCAUGAUUGUUUCAGAUCUGAUAACGUUUUUAACCGUUGCGCAUGGAUUUCAACGAUUAUAUGGGCUGAGCCAAUUCGAUUGUGUCCUUUUAUCUGCUAUUCUUCCUCUUCUAAGUCCUUUUACUUGGACCCUCCUGGGUUCUUUCAAAGAGUCGAUAUAUAUUACUAUAUCAGGUUUCACAUUGCUCUUUUAUCUUCGCGGGAUGCUUGUCAACCAAUUAGAUGUUUCACCUGUCACUUAUGCUAAGCAUUCAGGAUUGAAUAUGGAAACUAUUUGUUCAGUGACUGCUCUUCUUGGCUCAAAUAUUAUGCCUCACUAUUUUUUCAUUUACUCUGCUAUAUUGCAGCAGCAAAGCAGAUCGACAAAUUUUUGUACCGGCAAAGAUGUUCAUAAGAAACUUUUCACCAUAAUACCUAAUUUUUCUAUAAUUUUCUCGGUCAACUACAUGUUGAUGCGCUCAGCAGCAGCUGCAUUUGGUAACACUGGCCAUUUUAUGCCUACUUUUCAAGAAGCAUUUAUGUUGAUGGAUCAGAUCUUUACAAGUCCGACAGCAAGUUCUACUUUCGGUGUUGUUUUCUUCAUCUCUAGUCUGGUUACAUCUGUAAAUCGGAAUCUUGGUCAGCAAGUGGUUUUACAUAAUUUAUUUCGCAUUGACCUACCUGUUUCGAUUCAUCACCUUAUAGUGAAAGCUCUAGCCACCAUUCCAGCUCUGUUGUUCCUACGCAGUAUUGGUUCAGCGAAUAUCUACCCUUUGCUUCUUUUCUUUCAAGUCAUUGUAGCUAUUCUGCUGCCACCAUCAAUUCUUCCUCUUUUGCGUAUUUCGUCGUCAAAAUCUCUGAUGGGUGUGUUCAAAAGCUCAAUGCUUUUAGAAAUUCUCCUUUGGCUUGCAUUACUUGUCAUUGUUGCAACAAAUAUCAUAUUUAUCGUGGCAUUGUUGCUCGGAGAUAGCUGCUGGUUUUCUGAACUGUCGGGAUUCCUCUAUGUUACUGUUCUUCUUCUCGCUUUGACAUCAUUGGGCUUUACAAUUUAUUUGGCCUUCGAACCAUUAGCAUCAACAAAAAUUAGACCAGAAAUGCAGAUUCUCAAGUGGGCCACGCAAAAUGAUCAAUUUGAUCUGCCCAAGAGUAACGAAGAGAAGUUCGUGGAUAAUAAGAAUGCAUUAUAUCAUGAUCAAGCUUUCGCAGAACAAAGAAAGGCCGAGAAUUCCCUGGAGAUUGAAUCUGGUGGACCAGUUCUUCUGUCUAAUCUUGAUCAAGUUAAUACAGUUACUGGUUCUGAAUUUGAUGUUAAGGAAUGGAGAGAUGAGCCUUUUGUUGGGGAUUUUGUUAAUGAGAUUGCUCGGCAAAGUGACGAAUUCAAAGCCCCAAGCGAGAGGAAUGAGGAACUAGAAGUGUUUGUGCGUGACAAGAAGGCUGAAGACACCAGAGACAUUUUCAAACCUUUUAGCAUUCCAAUUAUUUCACCUUUCGGCGUGAAUCAAUCUUCAAAUAAUGCGAGAAUAAAAGGUAACAUUUCUGGUGUUGUUGAGAGCAAAAGUACAGCGGCAACUGGACUUAGUCGUUCUGGGCGACGCAACUUGGCGGCCAUUCUUGACGAAUUCUGGGCGCACAUUUUUGAUUUACAUGGGAAUCUAACAGAGAAAGCAAAGAUCAUAAGAGCAGAUCUUCUACUUGGAUUGGAUAUAAAAGUACUCUCUGCAGGAAAAGAAGCUUCUCAGAAGAAUUUAGACUCUGGAACUCCUAAUAUCGACAAAUCUUCUGUUACUGAAUCUACCGGGCCUUAUAAUGAUUCUUCUUUGGUUGUAGUUAACGUCCCCUUGGGCUAUACGAGGAACAUCCCUACAUCGCCUGCUGUUGCCAAGCUGAAAAAGUUAAUCAGGCUUUCUUUUCUCAAUGGACGAGGUGACCAAUCUGAAGAAGAAUUGUCAGAAAAGAUUCUGUCUCUGGAUAAGUUGGCACAUGAACAAGCAAAGAAUCAAAAUAUCCCCGUCGUAAAAUCGGGAGGUUUUUACUCGUUAGAAUCAAAACUAAAUGAGAACUUUUUGUCUGAGCCAAUCAGCCCGAUAGUGGACUCGCAACCUUUCUGGGCUACUCAACCGUUGGAAGGAAUAUUCAGCACGACGAUUUUAGCCAGAAAGGGAGAGAGGCCCGGCGAAUUCAAAAGAGCUUUCACUCCAAAGGUUACGUUUCCGUUUAGAGAAGCGGAAGGCUUGGUUUUAUUCUCUCUCCGUGUUUGCUUCGGCAAGCUUUUGAAUUUGGACGGUUCUGAUUGGUUGUUCGCUCAAAAAGGAGGUUAUGAUGAGGAGCUAAUAGACUCAGUGGCCGCGGCAGAGGGAUUUCAACCAGGAAUGGACAAGGCUUGGAAGGGCACUGAGGACGAAGUCGUGAAUCUCUGGUUGUCAAUUCCUAAUUGUGGCGACAAAUGUGUUUGGCAAUCUCACCUCGUUGUUAGCUUUGGAAUAUGGUGUAUUCACCGUAUAUUGGAAUUGCUUAUCGUGGAGAACCGGCCUGAGUUCUGGGGAAAGUACACCUAUGUUCUUAACCGGCUUCAGGGCAUACUUGAUCCCGCAUUCUUAAAGCCUCGCAUGUUCCUCGCCCCGUGCCAUUGCCUCAACCGCGCAGAAAUGAAUGUAAGUUGGACUGAAUCUACUGGCGCAAACUUUGUUCUGCAAAUGCUUAAGGACGUCGAAAGUGCUAUAUCGGGCCGUCGAGGCCGAGCUGGGACUGCAGCAGGAGAUGUUGCAUUCCCGAAGGGCAAGGAGAAUGUGGCGUCGGUCGUCAAGCGCUACAAGCGCCGGCUUUCCAAGAAGCCAUCUGGUGCAAAUUAGAAGCUGUUUUUUUCGAAUCUCGAAAUAAUUCUCCAUAGUUUGGAGUAACUGAGAAUAAAGUUUGGUGUUUCUCAUCAUGGAUUGAAAUUGAGGAACAUGACUUGCUCUGGUUGUUCAUUAAUGCCAAUUAAUGAGUUGUGCUUUCAUGGUGGUUUUGCUUUUAA